AUGGCCGAAACUUCCAAGACAGUCCCCAAAAAGGAUAAAGCAUCAUCUUCUUCUGCCUCCCGGCCAGCCAAACCGGUGGUGCCGCCAACGCUUGAAGAAAUCACCCCCGGUAAUUGCAUUAUUAAGAAAGACUUCAGUAUCGAGAAUCCUCCCGAUGCCGUAGGCCAAUGCGAGCGCGUAUCUCGAUAUAUUAGCUUGAUAACGAAGCAGCUUACCAAGGAUGUAAAGAGGGAAUGUUGCUGGGGAGAUGAGGUUGAGAUUCAGAUCCCGAGCCCCGAUGAAAGCAUUACUACCCACAAGGAGGGGCCUUGGCGAUGCAUCCGAGAUGAGGCCGGCUCCGCCCGGGGAAAAAACAAAGCCAUCAAAUUCGAAGUCCGAGAAGGACAACAAAAGAAAAAGGGUCUCGAAACCCGAAGACCCUCAAGCAAGAAAAGCCCCGCUCGAAGGCUGCGGAAAAGAUUUGCUCAAACGGGCGCAGACUCGGCCCAUGACUCCCCGGAUGAUGAAGAAAAUGAUGAUGAAGAGUCGGCGCUGGUGACUCAGAACAGGAAGCCGAUCGAGGUCGCCAAACCUUUCGAACCGGAAACCUCGUCCUGUGGUGAGGAUGCCCCGAAGGAAGAAACGGGCAAGGCCCCUGCAUCCUCGGAGGUCGAGAUUUUCCCUCCGACUUCAACAACUAUACCCGAGGGGGUAAAUGCUGAGACCCCCAAUGAUAAUGAGAAUGCCCCGAGUGAAGAGCUCGGGGCUGCGAUAACGGGUCACUCCCUUUCGUUGCCAACUUAUUCUGAGGGGGCAAUCGAAGAAGCCAACGCUAUGCGUGUGCCCGACCCAAAUAAGGUCAUCGAGGAUGAUCCUUUUCAUGGUUGCUACACUGGGAAUGAGGAUGCCAACGACUUUGAUGAUGCAUCCUCCAUUUUCGAAGAGGCUCAAUGUCUCCUUUCCCGGGCCAUCGUGAAGUUUAGAGCUGAGCUGAGCCAAUGUGAGGACGAGCUCAAGAAGGUUUCGGGUGAAGAGAAGGCCCUGAGGCUCAUCUGUAGCCAGAAGGAAGAGGAGCUUAAGGAUCUCCGAACCGCAUUGGCCAAAGCUCAAAGAAGUGAGUCUGAGCUAGAUAAACAGGUAACCGCAAUUUUAAUAGAGUGCGGCCUUCUCGGCCUUACUUCGGAGGCUAACACUUCAAUAUCUCAGCUGCAGCAAAAGCUAGAUAUGAUCGGGCAGCUCCGGGGCGAGGUAGAUCAAGUUCGAGCUGAUUGUCAUCAGUGGAAGAAGAACAUGGAUCAACUUGCUGCUGACAAGGAAGCCCUUACGGCCCAACUGGCCUCGGCUGAAGCUCAGCUCCGAGGCAUUAAAGCGAAGGGUCUGGCUCAGGAGGGGAAAAUCGAGGGGUUGGAGGCCGAGCUGGCUAAAGCCCGGACCGAAGCUGCACAGGCUAAGGAUGAAGUUGUACAGGCUAAAGCCGAAGCUAAGAAGACGAAGGUUGCGGCCGAUAAAUCCAUUACUAUAUACUUGAGGGAAACCGCGGCCGUUCAAGUUGAGUUGAAGGAGGCCUCCGACCGUGGAAGACGGAGCAAUGAAUUGGCUAAGUGCCAAGCCCGGAGGGAGACUCUCGAAGAACUCCAUGCCCGAGGGUUCAACCUCGCCGGGGAGAUAGCCGAAGCAAAGGUGCGGGAAAACGAUGCUAGGUUUCUUGUCUCCUCCGAUGACGAGGAUGUGGUGAGUAGCUCCGGGGACGAGGAAGGUGAAGAAGAUGUUCCUGAAGGAGAGGAGACUCCCGAAGAUAGAGCCGCUGGAGACGUAGUUUCUGAAGACGACUCUCCCGGGGGUGUGACCCCGAAAAUAGAUUAG